AUUAUUUUUUUUUACGACAAUGUGAACAGAGAGAAAUGAAUCAAUCAUGACAUUAUUUAUUACAAUUUAUAAUGUUUCUAUCUAACAUGCAUAAGACAUUCAUGUCCUUAAGCACAGGAAACAAAAAAAAAUUCAAAAAAAGAAAAUCGGUUUUGUGUUGCUAUUUAGUUAUUAUCAAAAAAUUUUAAGAAAAAUGAAAAACUAAAAAGAAGAGAUUUUAAAGGAGACAAUUUUCUUUACCUGAAUGUCAUUUAUAGUUAUAUUUUGUGUAUAAUAGUCUAUAAUGAGAUAGAGAGGUGUUGCGUCAUUUAAGAAAAUUACUAAAAAUGAUGAAAUGAAUGUUUUCAGGUAGUGAAUGUAAUUUAAUUAUUACUCAUGAAGGUUUCAAAGAGUGAAGCUAACGAGGAUAUUAUGAAGUUGGAUCCUGGAGCUCAUGUGCACCAUUGUUUGCAAUCAGGGUUUUCCAACUUCCCUAGUUGGAUCCUCCGUAUCCUCCAACCCGGAAAAAGCUUCGGACAUUCGCUGAUAGUUCUCUCAAUUUCGCAAACGACACCCCCGUCGCGAGAAGGUAUAUUGUCAAGUGAAAAGUGGUUGCAUAAUUACAAGCUGACGUUUAAUAAUACCGGUAUACAAAAUGAGGAACAUUUGAGAUGUCCUACCACUAGUUCUUUUGUAGGAAUAUUUGAACUGUUGAAAAACAUCUCAGAAAAAAUAACAGAAAUGGGAUUAUCUGGUGUUCGACACCAUAGUUUGAUAGCCUUUAAAGAAGAACCUUAUCUUGGAUGGAUUUAUUAUUCCGAAGUCGCAAAUAUGAAUGGUAGUGAAAGUUUUGGUUUUUGUAAAUGA